AUGGGACUCCUCCGUCAAGACAGGACAUCAACUAUUCUCUGCAUAGAAAUGGACCAUAUGGAGAUUCAAGCUGGAAUAACUAUGAAAUGCAUUCAACUCCCAUUUUUCACACAUCACUUAGUGUACAUGGAAGAAUAUGGUGAAUUUUUCUGCACUUUGAUGCUUAAAUCUCGACCUGACAUUACCAUUUUGAGAAACUGUUCAUGGAAAGCUGCCAAAGUACAAAGCAAGUUUAUUAAUGAUUGA